AUGGUCAUAUUGGAAAUACCUAUUGGACUGCAGGAUGAAAUGCGCAGGGCUCACAUCUGUACAGGUGAAGAUGUGUGGAAACUGGAUGUUGAUGGGAAGCUCCUACUUUUCUCUUUUCUGAAUUUUGCAAGGAGCUCACCUUUGGUUGGGUCGCCCGCCGUCUCCCCGAACCCUAGCUUCGCCGUGGAGGAGUACCUCGUCGCCACCUGCGGCCUCACCCGACCCCAGGCCCUCAAGGCCUCCGCCAAGCUCUCCCACCUCAAGUCCCCCUCCAAUCCCGACGCCGUCCUCGCCUUCCUCGCCGGCCUCGGCCUCUCCGCCGCCGACGUCGCCGCCCUCGUCGCCAAGGACCCGCAGUUCCUCUGCGCCAAAGUGGAGAGAACCCUGGCCCCCGUCGUCGCUGGGCUCACCGGCCUCGGCCUCUCACGUUCUGACAUCGCGCACCUCGUCUCGCUCUCCCGUGACAAGUUCCGAUGUAGAUCCUUCGUCUCAAAUCUGCAAUACUUCCUGCACCUCUUGGGCUCCUUUGAGAACCUCCUCCCUGCUCUCAGGCGCGGCUCAUGCUUUCUCUCGUCCGACCUCGAGACAGUGGUCAAGCCCAAUGUUGCCUUCCUGCGAGAGUGCGGGCUAGGUGACUCUGACAUUGCCAAGUUGUGCAUGGCUCAGCUAAUGCUGCUUGGCUCCAACAUAGAGUGCGUCCGGGCAAUGGCAGCACGCGCCCAAGAUAUUGGUGUGCCCUGUGGCUCUCGGAUGUUCAGGCACGCGCUGAAGGCUGUUGCAUUCCUCAGCAAUGAGAAGAUCGCCGCCAAAGUGGAGCACUUGAAGAAGACAUUUAUGUGGUCAGAUGCUGUGGUCGGCGUUGUUGUCUCCAAGCAUCCAUCUGUGCUGAUGAGGUCUAACCAGAUGCUGCAGAGCAAGUCAGAGUUCCUCAUCUCUGAGGUCGGGCUGGAACCGACAUACAUUGCUCAUCGUCCGGCAUUGCUCACGUACAGCCUGGAAGUCCGACUCAGACCACGGCACUACGUCGUAAAGUUUCUCAAGGAAAGCGGAUUGCUGGAUCACGGCCGGGACUAUUAUAGAGCAGUCAUGAUCAGUGAGAAAGCAUUUGUGGAGAAGUUCAUAUGCCCUCACAAGGAAGUUGCACCACACCUUGCUGAAGACUAUGCAGCAGCUUGCAGAGGGGAAGUGCCUUCCAGUUUCAGAUUUACAUAAACCAAGAGCGGGCUAUGAGAAUUGGUAACUGUGUAUGACGCAGCAGAGUUUAUGCUCUGUGCAGUCAGCUAGUAAUUUCUGUUUCGGUGUUAUUUGCCUAAUUGGAUGUUUGUUGUCUGCUCUAGUAUGUCUGGUACAUGUCAAUUUAGUGUCGCUAAUUCCAUAUGAAAUUGAUAAUUUGAUUGUGACUUCUUUGUAUGUCUAUCACACCAUUCCAGUAGAGAAGGAAGCAUCGCACUAUGGUGAACAUGUCUCCUCAUAUCAUAUUGGCACACAUAAUGGAACCAAGAGUGUGUGAGAUCAGGGCAUUUCUGCAAAUGGUUUCAAAUAUCAGAGAUAGAGUAUGUCUGCAUACUCCAUCAUUAUGUUCUCAAAUGACCAUUGCAGUUUUCAGUGCAAUCCUUGACUACCUAUCC